AUGGAUGGAGAGAAGAAAACCUAUGGUAGCUGUGAAGGCCUAUCUUCUGAUGAUCAUGAAUUUACUGUAAAAAGAGAACAUGCACUACCAUUGGGAACAAUAAAAGCCAUGUUGAGUGGGCCAGGUCGGUUUGCAGGGAAUGAAAUCAAUGAGGUCAGUUUUAGAGAGAUCCCUUUACACGUGCUAUCAAAAGUACGCAUGUAUUUUACCUACAAGGUUCACUACACUAACAGCUCUACUGAGAUUCCCGAAUUCCCAAGUGCACCUGAAAUUGCACUGGAACUGCUGAUGGCUGCCAACUUCCUAGAUUGUCAAAUAAAAUAAAUUAUAAUAAA